AUGACAGAAGGGAGGAUCGUCUCUGUACUGGAACCUGAACCUGAACCUGGAACCAGCUCUGUGCCCAUUAGGAGUGGCUGGUCAAAGACCCGAUUUUCCAAAGGAGAUCCAAAGUCUGAGACCUUCAAGGGACCUAAACCUGAACCCAGCUGUGUGUCCAUGAAGAGUGACCGGUCAAAAGACCGCAUGCUAUCUUUCGGAGAAGAUCCAUUUUCACAAGUGGACCAGGAGAGCUCAGAGGUUCCCAGUGGUCAGUCUGCCCAGCAGCAUCAACCAGAUCUAUUUAUGCUGCUGGAGGAGGACCUUGAAUGUUUUAUGGACAAUGAGCUGAAGAGGUUCCAGAAGCUUCUGAGUCCAGAUUACCCAGAAUGCUCAGAGAGUCAGAGUCAGCAUGAGGAGGAAGAGGAGAGGAGCAUCAGAGAGGCAUUUCUGAAAAUCACACUGCACCACCUGAGAAAAAAGAACGAGAACAAGCUGGCUGACCGUCUGCAGAACAGAAGUCUUGCUGCAGAUGGUAAGCGUAAACUCAAAUCUAAGAUGCAGAAGAAGUUCCAGCGUGUGUUUGAGGGGAUUGCUGAAGCAGGAAACCCAACCCUUCUGAAUCAGAUGUUCACAGAAAUCUACAUCAUGGAGGGAUGGACUGCAGAGGUCAAUGAUGAACAUGAGGUCAGACAGAUUGAAACAGCAUCCAGGAAACCAGACACACCAGAAACAACAAUCAGACAAGAAGACAUCUUUAAACCCCCACCUGGAAGAGAUGAACCAAUCAGAACAGUGAUGACAAAGGGAGUGGCUGGCAUCGGGAAAACAGUCUUAACACAGAAGUUCACUCUGGACUGGGCUGAAGGCAAAGCUAACCAGGACAUCCAGUUCAUAUUUCCAUUCACCUUCAGAGAGCUGAAUGUGCUGAAAGAGAAGAAGUUCAGUUUGGUUGAACUUGUUGAUCAUUUCUUUAGUGAAACUAAAGAAGGAGGAAUCUGCAGGUUUGAGUUCCAGGUGGUGUUCAUUUUUGACGGUCUGGAUGAGUGUCGACUUCCUCUGGACUUCCUCAACACUGAGAUCCUGACUGAUGUUACAAAGUCCACCUCAGUGGAUGUGCUGCUGACAAACCUCAUCAGGGGGAAUCUCCUUCCCUCUGCUCACCUCUGGAUAACCACACGACCUGCAGCAGCCAAUCAGAUCCCUCCUGGGUGCAUUGACAUGGUGACAGAGGUCAGAGGGUUCACUGACCAACAGAAGGACAAGUACCUCAAAGGGAGAUUCAGAGAUGAGAAGCAGGCUAACAGAAUCAUCUCCCACAUCAAGAGAUCACGAAGCCUCCACAACAUGUGUCACAUCCCAGUCUUCUGCUGGAUCACUGCUACAGUUCUGGAGGACAUGCUGAAGACCAGAGAGGGAGGAGAGCUGCCCAAGACCCUGACUGAGAAGUACAUCCACUUCCUGGUGGUUCAGUCUAAAGUGAAGAACAUCAAGUAUGAUGGAGGAGCUGAGACAGAUCCACACUGGAGUCCAGACACCAGGAAGAUGACUCUGGGAAAACUGGCUUUUGAGCAGCUGCAGAAAGGCAACCUGAUCUUCUAUGAAUCAGACCUGACAGAGUGUGGCAUCGAUAUCAGAGCAGCCUCAGUGUGCUCAGGAGUGUUAACACAGAUCUUUAAAGAGGAGAGAGGACUGUACCAGGACAAGAUGUUCAGCUUCAUCCAUCGGAGUGUUCAGGAGUUUCUGGCUGCUCUUCAUGUCCAUCUGACAUUCACCAACUCUAGAGUCAACCUGCUGUCAGAAGAACAAACAACAACACAGUUCUACCAGAGUGCUGUGGACAAGGCCUUACAGAGUCCAAAUGGACAUCUGGACUUGUUCCUCCGCUUCCUCCUGGGUCUUUCACUGCAGACCAAUCAGAAUCUCCUACAAGGCCUGGUGACACAGACAGGAAGUAGCUCACAGACCAAUCAGGAAACAGUCGAGUACAUGAAGAAGAAGAUCAGUGAGAAUCGGUCUGCAGAGAGAAGCAUCAAUCUGUUCCACUGUCUGAAUGAACUGAAUGAUGAUUCUCUAGUGGAGGAUAUCCAACAGGCCCUGAGAUCAGGAAGUCUCUCCACAGAUAAACUGUCUCCUGCUCAGUGGUCAGCUCUGGGCUUCAUCUUACUGUCAUCAGAAGAAGAUCUGGACGUGUUUGACCUGAAGAAAUACUCUGCUUCAGAGGAGGUACUUCUGAGGCUGCUGCCAGUGGUCAAAGCCUCCAACAAAGCUCUACUGAGUGCCUGUAAUCUCACAGAGAGAAGCUGUGAAGCUCUGUCCUCAGUUCUCAGCUCUGAGUCCUCUAGUCUGAGAGAGCUGGACCUGAGUAGCAACAAGCUGGAGGAUUCAGGAGUGAAGCAGCUGUCGGCUGGACUGAAGAGUCCACACUGCAGGCUGGAGACUCUCAGGUUGAGUGGCUGUAAUCUGUCAGAGAGAAGCUGUGAAGAUCUGUCAUUAGUUCUCAGCACCCAGUCCUCUAGUCUGAGAGAGCUGGACCUGAGUAACAACGAGCUGGAGGAUUCAGGAGUGAAGCAGCUGUCGCCUGGACUGAGGAGUCCACACUGCAGGCUGGAGACUCUCAGGUUGAGGGGCUGUAAUCUAUCAGAGAGAAGCUGUGAAGAUCAGUCAUUAGUUCUCAGCUCCCAGUCCUCUAGUCUGAGAGAGCUGGACCUGAGUAACAACAAGAUUGAGGAUUCAGGAGUAAAGCUGAUCUCUGAUGGACUGAAGAGUCCACACUGCAAGCUGGAGACUCUCAGACUGAGUUGCUGUAAGCUGUCAGAAAAAAGCUGUGAAGAUCUGUCCUCAGUUCUCAGCUCCCAGUCCUCUAGUCUGAGAGAGCUGCACCUGAGUAACAACAACCUGCAGGAUUCAGGAGUGGAGCUGAUCAAUGAUGGACUGAAGAGUCCACACUGCAGGCUGGAGACUCUCAGUCUGUCAGGCUGUCUGAUCUCAGAGGAAGGCUGUACUUCUCUGGUCUCAGCUCUGAGCUUCAACCCCUCCCAUCUGAGAGAGCUGGACAUGAGCUACAAUAAUCCAGGAGACUCAGGAGUGAAGCUACUGUCAGAAAGACUGGAGGAUCCACUCUGGAGACUGGACACUCUCAGAUAUCUGCAUGGUAAAGAAACUGUCAGAUGGUUGACACCAGGUCUGAGGAAGUAUUCCUGUAAACUCACAGUCGACACAAACACAGUGAACAGAAACCUCAAACUGUCUGACAACAACAGGAAGGUGACAUUAGGGAUGGUUGAUCAGCUAUAUCCUGAUCAUCCAGAGAGGUUUGACUGUCUUUGGCCUCAGCUGCUGUGUAGAGAUGGUCUGACUGGUCGCUGUUACUGGGAGGUUGAGAUGAAAGGAGAGGUUCAUGUAGCAGUGAGUUACAGAGGAAUCAGCAGGAGAGGAAAUGGUGUUAACGGUGUGUUUGGAGGUAAUGAUCAGUCCUGGAGUCUGAGGUGCUCUGAUGAUGGUGGUUACUCGGUCUGGCACAAUAACAGACAAACAUCCACCACCUCCUCCUCUAUCUCUAACAGAGUAGGAGUGUAUGUGGACAUUCCUGCUGGCUCUCUGUCCUUCUACUCAGUCUCCUCUGACUCACUGAUCCACCUCUACACCUUCAACACCACAUUCACUGAACCUCUGUAUCCUGGGUUUGGGUUCAUGUACCACACUGGUUCCUCAGUGUCUCUGUGUCCUCUGUAGGAGGGAGAGUCUCCUCCUGUCAGAUAAAACUUCUCACUGCUGGGUCAAAAAUGUCAGAGAAACCGCCAAAAGCAUUGAAGAAGGUGA